AUGUUUGAUCUCAAGAAGAUUCUCGACCGUCCUACAAUCCCGUGGAAAUUAAUCAUUUCUGCGUUCUCGAUUGCCCAAUUCUCUUUCGAAUCUUACUUGACCUACAGACAGUACCAAAAGCUUUCUGAAACAAAGCUACCACCUGUGCUAGAAGAUGAAAUUGAUGACGAAACAUUUCAUAAAUCCAGAAACUACUCCCGGGCAAAAGCCAAGUUCUCUAUUUUCAGCGACAUUUACAACUUGGCCCAAAAACUAGUCUUCAUCAAAUAUGACUUCUUCCCUAAAAUUUGGCACAUGGCUGUUACCUUGUCAAAUGCGGUCCUUCCAGUUAGAUUCCAUAUGGUAUCCACUGUGGCACAGAGUUUGUGUUUCUUGGGCCUUUUAUCCAGUAUGUCUACCUUGGUUGAUUUGCCACUUUCUUACUAUAGUCAUUUUGUCCUCGAGGAAAAAUUCGGUUUUAAUAAAUUGACCGUCAAAUUAUGGAUCACUGAUAUGAUUAAAAGCUUGACAUUGGCCUAUGCCAUUGGCGGUCCCAUUCUUUACCUGUUCCUCAAGAUCUUUGAUAAAUUUCCUACCGAUUUCCUUUGGUACAUUAUGGUCUUCUUGUUCGUUGUUCAAAUUUUAGCCAUGACAAUUAUCCCCGUCUUCAUCAUGCCUUUAUUCAAUAAAUUCACACCCUUGGAAGAUGGCGAACUAAAAAAAUCCAUUGAAAGUCUGGCUGAUAGAGUUGGCUUCCCUCUAGAUAAGAUUUUUGUCAUCGAUGGCUCAAAAAGAUCAUCUCAUUCGAACGCAUAUUUCACAGGGUUACCAUUUACCAGUAAGAGAAUUGUUUUAUUUGAUACUUUAGUGAAUAGUAAUUCCACCGAUGAAAUUACAGCUGUUUUGGCUCAUGAAAUCGGUCACUGGCAGAAAAACCACAUUGUUAAUAUGGUCAUCUUUAGUCAAUUGCACACUUUCCUUAUUUUCUCUCUUUUCACCAGUAUCUACAGGAACUCAUCGUUCUACAACACGUUUGGCUUUUUUGUAGAGAAGUCUAGCAGUGGUUUCGUUGAUCCGGUUAUCACUAAAGAAUUCCCAAUUAUCAUUGGAUUUAUGCUAUUUAACGACUUAUUAACUCCUCUUGAAUGUGCCAUGCAAUUCAUAAUGAGUUUGAUCUCUAGAACUCAUGAAUAUCAAGCCGAUGCUUAUGCUAAAAAAUUGGGGUAUAAGCAGAAUUUAUGUAGAGCUUUAAUUGAUCUACAAAUCAAAAAUCUCUCCACCAUGAAUGUAGAUCCUCUAUACUCCAGUUAUCAUUACUCCCAUCCAACUUUAGCCGAAAGAUUAACUGCUCUGGAUUACGUUAGUGAAAAGAAAAAAAACUAA